AUGUCGUUAAAUACGUGUUUUAUUUGUGACGAAGGGUUUACCGAGGGUAAUGGCGUUAUAGUAAAACGAAGAGGCAUAAUAACAUUUUUAAAUUCAAGUGUCAUUCGUAAAGACGGUAAAGCCGAUGUUAUAAAACAUCUCGAGUCCGUUAAAGUGCACGAAGAAUGUCGAAAACGAUACGCGAGAGUUGAUCGAAUUACUCCGCAAGACACUCUUGACCAGCCACCAGUUCGUUCACCCGUUAAAGCUAAAUUGCGAUCCACUAAACCGACAUUUAAUUUUAAAGAGUCAUGUUUUUUUUGUGAAAAAAAAAAUUGA